GGGAUUUAUUUCAUUCCUGGUUUUCGAUCAAGAAACGGUCUUUCUCUUACACACACAGACACGAAAUAACUCUCCAUUUUUAUCAAAGCCCCACAAUCAGCAGCUCAGAGAUAACCCAGGGGCACAGGGACAGGAAACGGUCAUUCAGCCGCUCCAGCUUAUUCCGCAAUUCGGCACCUGACCUUUCCCGUCAUUUGACCCAUAACCUUUGAUCCCACUAACAAGAAUCUGUCUCAGCGUUUAGUUUUGAGAGGGCAGCCACCUAACGACAGCUUCAAGAUCACCUGCCUUUUUAUCAUGUUUCCACAAGCAGAUAAAUGGGCUCUUGCUUCAGGAGAUGAAGGAAUGGAACUCAUGGGACUUUCGUCUGUGGCAAAACCAAGAAUACUUGCAAUUACCUCUCUUAAAUAUGGAGCAAUCCUCCUUACUGUCUUUCUAGUUGGUUUGAUUACUUAUCACAGUUAUUCUACACCAGAGUCUCUGGUAAUGUCUACAUCUAUUAACACAGGAAAAUCUAAACUGGACCUUUUGUGGCAAUAUCCAAAUUAUAAAAACAGAACAGAGACCUCAGAAACACUGAGCAAGCUAUCAUUCGAUAAGAGUCAUCUCAGUGCCUCUCAAUGUAACAUUGAUACUAAUAGUAGGUUUGACUGUGCUUUCAAUGAACUGGUUGACAUGAAGAAAUGUCAGGCUCGUGGCUGUUGCUGGAAUCCAGUGGUCAAUGCGAAUUCCCCUCUUUGUUUUUUACCAUCAAACUAUCCUUCUUACAACAUGGAUUAUCUUUCCCCAACCAUUACUGGCUACACAGCAACACUGAGUCGCACUGAGAAGACAUUUUUCCUGAAUGACAUAAUGACGCUUCAGUUGAAUGUAAUGUAUGAGACAGCAGGCAGACUUCAUUUUACUCUAAAGGAUCCAAGGAGCAAACGGUAUGAGGUUCCAAUUGAUGUUCCUAAGGUGACUGAGAAAGCUUCAACUCAACUCUACACUGUUAGAUUUUCAUCCAGACCUUUUGGCAUAAUUGUACAGAGGAAGUCAAAUGGCCUUGUACUCCUGAACACAACAGUGGGGCCAUUGUUUUAUACUGAUCAGUUUCUGCAAAUCUCCACCUCCCUGGCCUCGAAAUUCAUUUCAGGUCUGGGAGAACACACGACAAAUCUGAUCCUCAAUGUCAAUUGGACUCGAUUAACUCACUGGAACAGAGAUCAAGGACCUCAUCCAAAUGCCAAUUUAUAUGGCUCACACCCUUUCUACUUGGUGAUGGAAGAGGAUGGAUCAGCUCAUGGUGUUUUCCUGUUAAACAGUAACGCAAAGGACGUAUUACUUCAGCCAACACCUGCUCUGACCUGGAGGACCAUUGGGGGAAUCCUUGAUUUUUAUGUGUUCUUGGGUCCAGAUCCAAAAACAGUGAUAAGACAGUACAUGGAUAUUAUCGGUUAUCCAAUAAUGCCUCCAUACUGGAGUCUGGGAUUCCAUCUGUGUCGGUGGGGUUACUGGAGCACCAACAUUACCCGGCAGGUUGUGGCGAACAUGAUGAGAGCUAACAUGCCUCAGGAUGUACAGUGGAAUGACCUAGAUUAUAUGGAUCAGAAAAAGGACUUCACUUACAAUUUGCAGCACUUUGGAGACUAUGCACAGAUGGUAAAAGAGUUCCACCAGAAAGGCUUGAAAUACGUCAUGAUCGUGGAUCCUGGUAUCAGCAGUACGCAGACAGCAGGGAAAUACAAACCAUAUGAUGACGGUGUGAAGGAAGGUGUUUUUAUCAAAAAUGAAACUGGCCAACCAUUGAUAGGAAAGGUUUGGCCUGGCCCAACUGCUUUCCCAGAUUUUACAAACCCAGAAACCCAUACCUGGUGGUACAAGAACAUUAAGGAGUUUCAUGAUAAAGUGCACUUUGAUGGGUUGUGGAUUGAUAUGAAUGAACCAUCCAACUUUGUUUCUGGAGCAAUAAAUGGCUGCCCAAACAACAAUUUGGAAAAUCCUCCUUAUGUACCAGGUGUUACUGGAGGAAAUUUGAGAUCUCGCACACUGUGUAUGUCUGGAAAACAGUAUCUAUCAUCGCAUUAUAACCUGCACAACCUCUAUGGGUUGACUGAGGCCAUUGCUUCCCAUGAUGCUUUGAUCAAGGUAAUAGGAAAACGUCCAUUUGUGAUUUCGCGGUCCACAUUCCCCAGUCAUGGCCAUUAUGCUGGUCACUGGACUGGGGACAUCUCGAGCAGCUGGAAUGACAUGUAUUAUACUAUCCCAGCAAUAAUGCUGUUUAACAUGUUUGGGGUUCCCCUUGUUGGAGCGGAUGUCUGUGGUUUUCAGUGGAGCACCACUGAAGAACUCUGUGUGCGCUGGACACAACUUGGGUCGUUCUACCCGUUUAUGCGAAAUCACAAUGGCCUGAAUCAACCGCCUCAGGAACCAUAUGUCUUCAGUGAGUCAGCACAAUCAGCAAUGCGGAAAGCUCUCUUCACUAGAUACAUGCUGCUGCCUUUCCUUUACACACUUUUCCACAAAGCUCACUCUGCUGGAGAUAUGGUUGUUCGGCCACUGUCAUUUGAAUUCCCUCAAGAUCCGAACACGUCAAGCAUUGAUCGUCAGUUCAUGUGGGGGGAGGCACUUCUCAUUACUCCAGUAUUGGAACCUAAAACAGUAGAGGUCUCUGGUUAUUUUCCCUCUACAACAUGGUACAAUCUAUACAAUGGUUCCUCCAUUCAUAGUAAGGGCCAAUACGUUGUACUACAGGCACCCUUGGAUACCAUAAAUGUUCAUGUACGAGGAGGCUGUAUUUUGCCUACGCAGGAGCCCAACACCACAACUGCUGCCUCUCGUGGAAACCCAUUUGAACUGAUAGUGGCACUGUCUGAUCAGGGAAUUGCUAGAGGAGAACUCUUCUGGGAUGAUGGUGAUAGCCUGCUGAGUUUUGAAAAUGGUGAUUAUACUGAAAUUAUCUUCCUAGCAAAAAAUAAUAUGCUGUUCAGUGAGAUAAUCCAUUUGAACAGCCAGAUAGAUGGCCUUAAACUGGGCAGCGUCUUUGUGUUUGGAGUUCCAUCUGCCCCACACAAAGUUUCUGUUAAUGGAUUCUGGAUCACAGACUUCUCCUACAGGACAGACACAAAGGUGCUCACUUUGCAUAAUCUGUCCAUUCCAAUGGGAGAACAGUUUACAAUUACUUGGUUUUGAAGAAAGUGAAGCAAAAUCUACUUAUAUCAAGAAAGUCCUCACAGCAUGAUUGUAAACCAGUGAUAAAGUCUAGCAGAAGGUAGAAGAAGGGAUAUUUAUGAUUGGAUUCUGAUUGUUAGUUUGGAAAAAAUUGCUGUACAUCAUUUGAAAUGGAAUUGAUGAGAAUGAUACAGAGAGAAUCCUUUGUACUUGAACAGAAUUCUGAUUGAAUCUGUUUGAAUAUUUUUAGGGGUGGGGGUGAGGGGUGGUGGCGGUGCUGAAAGGCCAAUGCUCUCCUUUGAGAUUUGUGACAGACAUAAGAUACUCAGUGAGCUAUGACAAGAAUGUGGUAAGACCUAAUCUGUUUGCUGUCUUUAGCAGUCUCCUUGUUUGAUCUAUCUUGUGCCACUGUUGUCUUGCACAAUUAAAAGGAUUUCUAUUUGUUUUUACCGAGAGUGAUGAAUCCCUAAAUGACUUUGGAAAAUGUCAAUAGAUUUGUGGUAUUUAGUUUUUUUUGAUUUAUUACAGCAUUGUAAUUUUGCUAGCUACUGCCAUGUAUUUAUCUUUUCUUGAUUUUUGGACCUUAAGAAUGUUCCACAGCAGUGUUUAUGCAACAGAAUUGACAGGAGUUGAUUUUCCAUAUUCAAUUGGCUCAAUUUUCCUGAAAGCAGGGAGAUUGGUGACAGCUUUACAUUCACACUUACCAGUGUUUUUUGCCAAGGUUUUUAUGGGCUUUAUUUAAGUCAAUGGUAUUCGAUUUGUGCAGAUAAUAGUAUGUUGUGUUGAACUUUUUAUGCUCUCUAUUCGCUGGUGGAGGUAUUUUGUUUUAGAUUAUUUACCAUUUUAAGAAAUGAUGUUUUUGGGAUAAUUAUAACCAGUAAUAACCUACAAACUAAUGAUGUUCUACAUAACAACAGUAACGACUCUUAAAAGUAAUUUACAUGAUAAUUUGCGACAUUUCUGGGACACAGUAUGGCAUGUUAUAGAACAGAAAAUUCCUUCUAUUUUUUGGGAAAUAAAUCAUAACUGAUAAGUAGAAGUUGCAGAUUUAAAAUAAUUCAUAAAAAACACCAUGGAGGAAAUGAGAAUUAUUUUACUUAGCAAGUUAUGAUCUGGAAUGCAUUGCCUGAAAGGGUGGCAGAAGCAGUUAGUGGUAAAUUUCAAAAGGGAAUUAGAUCUCUGCUUAAGAAGGAUAAAUUUGCAAGGGGAGGGUCCAAUUGGUGGCUCUUUCAAAAAUCCAGCACAAACCCAAUGGGCUGAAUGGCCUCCUAUCGUAUAUGAUUCUGUGUUAACAGUAACGUCUAAUUAUUUUGGCAUGGACAUAACCAUUCAUUUCAGUUCUGAAUGAAAGAGCAAUAUGUAUCCCAAAAAACACUGCUAUCGAAUUAUUAUCUUCUCUUUGAAAACAGAAUGCAUGUCUUUGUUGGUGCAUACAGAGGAAAACUUCACAUUUAGGGUUGUUAUGUUUGUGCACACUUGGGAACCGCACAUCAUUUGGAGGGUUCGUAUAAUGCAGGGAGUUCCAUGGGUUUGGAAGAGCCAGGAUGACUGCAUCUCAGCACCAUUCACCACAUGAAGCAAAGCUUCAAAGGAAAAGGAAGAAUAUCUCCCUGAUGUUAUGGGGAGGUAGGAAGCAUUAUAGCAGUUUUUGAAACCUCUUGAUCAGCACCUUGGUUUGAAGAGGAUUUCUGUUUACAGUAUGGGACUGCUUCCUGACUGAGUUCAUGGUUCACAUUGGCAGAAAGGGGCUCCAUGGUGAGUUCCAAACUAGAAUAGCAGGAGGGUAUGAGUUGAAUAACAAAGCAGCAUUUUUCCUUAUUCCAAUCUAUAUUGUGGAGAGGGAAGCAUUUUACAUUUAUCGUACAAUUCUUUCCCAUAAUUGCUAUAUGAAAGCAGUUGCAAAUUUUUAAUGGCAUAUCAAAAACUCCAACUGUACUUUUACCAUAAGUGUUUGUUAAAAUUUUUGUGUAAAUACAAUGAACUUUGAAAGACUUGUUUUUUUUGGUGAAUUCUGAGCAUUACAAUAUGAAAAUAAAUAGAUAUUUUAAUAUUGGAGCAGGUUUUCAAAAUCUCACAAAUUGAGUUCAAUUAUUUUUUCAUUGUAUUUUGCUUUUAAAUAAAUUUGAAAUACAAA